UACACGUACAGUUGUGUGUCAUGUGGAAACAACCCAGCAGUUGUUGUUAUGGACCUCCACAGAAAAGGGGUUUUCAAUAUGCCAGUGAGUGACAUCCCAAGUCCACCUGAAGGCUAUGAUGGAAAUGUUGACAUGGAUGGAACACUGUGGCCACAGAAAUGCUCAGUCGGGGAUUAAUUCCAUAUGGACGGAAGAACCCUUUUGUUGUGCCACCAAGUUAUAAUCACUGGGCCCCCUGGAUUGGCCCACACACCCGGAGGUCAAAUUCUGUGUUGAACACAGAAUUCGAAAAAUUGCAAAGCCCCAAAACGGAUGGAGAUGAUAACUUUAAUGAUGAUGAAAAAAUGAAUGAGGAACGGCUCACAGAUGAGCUUGUGAACCUGAAGGUACAGGAGGUCAGGGCACUGUGCAAACAGUGUGGUGUGGAUGAUAAGGGGUCCAAGAUAGAUAUGGUUAUGAGACUGUCUGACAAAAUGUCUAGUAGAGUCACCUACAACAAGGUGUUUGAGAAAGUGUGGGGUGCUUCUGGUGGUUGGGCAGUUAUCACUUGCCCAUGUGGGGUUGUCUUUUCAGUAAAAUUCAACCUUAGAGCAGAGAGUCCACGUGACUUUGUCGACCUCUUGCUGUCCUGGAAACACCUCCCCAAUGUGGCUGUGUAUGAUUAUGCCAGGGGUCUGGCACUGCAUGCCAACCACAGGCAGCCAGGAAUAUUUGCCCCUUUUCAGGGAAGGUUACUGGAUCCCACCCCAGAAAACGUGAAGCAGGCCUCGGAGGGAAAGGUCCAUGUCAGCUUGCCCUGGCUGAAAUUUCAAAAAAAGCCAGCUGACAAAGAUGGUCACCCUCUUACUGGAUCUUCACAGCAUUUUGCUUUAAACGAUGUGUUCCACCAGGGGAACAGCAAAGACCAGUGUGAAGUUCUAAGAAAACUGGAGUUUGUUCCUGAACUUGCUGGUCUAAUUAACAGCCAGUGUGCCGAGCAGCUGUUUUCAGGGAUGAGAAAAAACAACUACUUUUUAAAUCAGACAACCCCAUCAACACACAUUUUUCUACAAAGAAACAUUCUCCACCACUACAACAUGGCAAGAAACCAAACAAUCAAAAAUCAGUACAGCAAGAUUGUUCCUCCAGAUGUUUCAUUGCAGUUUGACACCCAUGGAAGGGUAGUCUUAGCUCACUCCCCAUCAGCUGCGAUGUCAACUGGGUCAUAUGGGAAAGAACAAGAAGACUCUCAUGAGUAUGAGUCAGAAGUAGAAAUGCAGUGUGACACCCUUGGAAUGGUAGUCUUAGCUCACUCCCCAUCAGCCGUGAUGUCAACUGGGUCAUCAGGGAAAGAACAAGAAGACUCUCAAGAGUUAAAUGAUGACAGUGAGCAGAGACCUCAUGGACACUUCCCUAGUCUCCACAAGUUUUCAGCACACAGAGCAUACUGGGGACAGAAACUCCAAGACAGCCAGGAACAACUGCUGUCUCAUGUCUUGGAUGAGACCAAAAGUCACACUCAGCACCUUGCAAUGGUGAAUAACAUCAUCCUGACCCGCUUUGACUUUUGGACUCUGGGUUUGCAGCAGGACAUGGAGGGAACGAUCCUGAACUCUUGUCUCAAAAUGAUUGAGAAGAGAGUAGAGAACCUGUUUGCUGCAGACAGCUAUGUCAUUUCCUCUUGGUUCCCACCAUCAUCGAGGAACCCCAUGGAUCACCUUCCGGAUAAUGCAGCCAGUCUGCAGUGGAUUAUUUUCCCAGUGUCCGUACCUGGACAUUGGAUACUCUGUACACGUAGCUCACAGCCUCUCUUCUGGCCCCUGGAGAGAGCUUGGUGUGGAUGAUGUCCAGGGCCUAACAAAGCAAGAGUUCUCCAACAACUGCGGCGUGUUUGUUUUGAUGUACACUCUGUACAUUGUAAUGGGGGCCAAGUGCGAUUUCAGCGAGGAAAACAUGCUGCAAAUUAGGAGAUGGUGGUGUCUCACUCUCCUGCAGAACUUCCCCAUGCCGUCUGAAGAAGACCGAUUGCAGGACAGGAAACGGCGACGAGUGGAAGGAGGGCUACAGACGCUGGGAAAUUGACAAACUGCAAACCGGGAACAGGGUUGGAAGGAUGGUGAAAAUAAAAAAAAUCAAUGAUGCAAA